AUGAGUAAAUCAUUCUUUACUUUGAAUUUAACAGUCAUAAUCUUAUUGUAAUCAAUACAAAAUUUAAAUGCUUAAAUAUGUUAAGCUUUUUCUAGUCAGCACCAGGCUAAAUAUUUUGAGAACUAUAUUCCUAUUAAUUUUUUGAAGUUGCCUAACACUAAUAUACUUUUGAUAAACACUAUACGUUUUAUUGGCGGUGUAUAGUCUUAGAGUAUAGUAUAUUACAAUGAUAUUUCUAGUGAAAUUGAUAAUAUUGUGAAUGCUGUUAAGACUAAAUACGUUAUAAAUCAAAUGGAGUAUGUACAAGAAAGAAAUCAAAUUUUAGUUCUGAAUUCAUAAUAGCUAAUAUACGCAGAUCCUUAUACUCUUGAAUCUUAAUAAACGCUACCAUUCACUGAUUUAGAGACUAUGCAUUUCAUCAAAGGAUCUAAUUAUUGUGUCUUAAAAAGUGCAACAUAUUUCUUAUAUGUUGUUGACUUUGUAGAAGGAAAAUUAAUUCUAUCUUUGAAUAUUUUAGUUUUUAAUUCUGACAUUUAUAAUAUUAUUGUGUCUGCAAAGUUACUUUAGCUUUAAAAUGGUUAGAAUUUUAUAGCAGUAGUUGAUUAUUAUGGUGCUUACACUUGGUCAAUUGAUUUUAAAACUUUUGAAUUCUCAUUCAAUGGAUAUUAUUCGAAAGAUUAUCUCCACUAGAGUUAUGAUAUUAUAUUUUUAGCAGGAGCCCAUUGUUAAAUCAAUGCUUUCUAGAUCAUUAAUUUAUAAGCGAAUUAGAUAAAAUUAAUCAAGACCGAUUAUGUACCAAUUGGUUUUUCAGGAUAUAAUGUAAUCAGUUUUAGCUUUGUAAAUUCUAAAAAUAAUUUAGGCAGUUUAUACAUAAGUAACGCUAGUUAUAUUUAUAGAAUAGAUUUAAAUUUUGUCUAUAAUUAGAAUACAAAUACAUUUGAUUCUUUUAGCUUUGCUAAUAUCAAUAAACCUUUUAUUGUUAAACCACCUGGAAAUCUAAUAUAUGAAUGGUAUCAUUUGGAAGAAAGUCAAUAAUUUUUAAUACCAUACAGUGAUGAUUAAGAAUUAUAAUAAGCUAUAUUUGUUUAUUCAUAUAGUACAGACACUUCGCUCACUCGUUUUGGUAAAAAUAAAAUUUCAAAAAUAAAUUUACUUUAACCAUUGUACUAUAAAACUUAAGCUUUAAAUUCUAUAUGGUAAACAAAAACAUUUAGUUUCUAACUCAAUUAAGAAAUAUACUUUGCUGUAACUACUACAUAAGAUGAAAUAGUAGUCACUAAAGAUUCUCCAAGUAACCUAAAAUCUAUCCUUACUUAUCCUCUUAUUUAGUCAAUCAAAGCAAGAUAAAAUACAUUUUUUUCUGUAAAAAACUGUGAUACUUGUUUUAUUGCUAUGCAUGAUGCUACAUACUUAGCAUUUUAUAAAGUAAUGGACUCAUCAUUCACUCCUUAAGUAUACGAUUUAAGUUAGAUAAAUCUUGAUACUGAUUCAAUAAGCUUCAAUAUUGAUCCCUACUAAGAUAUUAAUCAAGCUGUUUGGGUUAUUGUAGGAAUACCUAAUAAAUAAAAUAAUGAAAAUUUCUUAUUUUAUGCUAUAAGUAUUACCUCUUAAUAAUAGUUUUAAUUGCUCUCUGAUAAAGUAGAAGACAAUAAUGAAAAUACAAGUUAUGCUCUCUAUUCCUAAGAAGAUUAAGAAAUUGUUGGAAUAGCUGUUAAUGGAAGUAUUUUUGUUUGGAAUUCUAUAGACCUUUCAUUCAAAUACUCAAUAGCGUCCGAUUGUUCAGGCUCAAUAAUUGGUUAAUUAUUUCAUACUGACGAUAAUAAAUUUCUAAUAAUAGUUUGUGGUGAUUACAGUCUAAUUAUCUAUAAUUUCUCUAAAAAAACAUUUAAACCAUUAAUGAAACUAUUGUCAAAUCCAUUCUAUUUAAAUGUAUUGAAUAAAAUUAAUAUGUUUGGAGUUGGAGAUAAUAUGAGCGGAGAUGUUUAUUUAUGGAGUUUUAAUACAGUUACUUAAUAAUUUGAAUAAUUUAUGCAUUUCCAGUCUCCUUCUUUAACAGAUGUUGGAAAUAAUAUUCAGUAUAUAGAAAUGACUUAGGUUUUAUUUAUUUAGUAUUAAUAUAGUAAUACAUUUUUCCCUAUUGGAUAAUGUCUUUAAAAUUUGCCUAGUUGUACUUAGAAAUGCUAAAUGUAGUUUUAUUUUAAUACUACUGAAACUACUGAUACUAAAGGUCUAUAUGGGAUAGGUUCUUUUGAAUAUCCUUUUACAUCUUCUUUGAGUAUAAUUUCAUCUUUACUUUUAGUUAAAUAAUAUUUCGAAUUAAUAAACGGAUUUGAAAUUCUAAACGUUAAUAUAUUAGUGAGCAACUAAAAUUAGAUGGUAUUUUACAAUGAACUGCUAACUUUGUAAGUUUUUGCAUAAACAAAUUUAACAAUUUAGAGCUGGAAUAAUAAUCAAUUAGCUUAAAUUAAUGUAAAUUAGUUGCUCCAAUUCUCGGGUCUAUUUAUGCUAAGCAUUGAUGAUAUACUUUUUAAUUUUAUUAUUAGUAGCUCCUAAUAAAAGUGUGGGUUCUAUUUUGAUGGUAUUACUUCAAGUGCUACUAUAGAUAACAUAAGUAUAUCUUCAACAGAUGGAACAUCUGAUUGCUUCUUUUUUUAAAUAAAUAAUUCUUUCUUGACUUUUAAAAAUAUAAACAUAAAAAGUUUAGAUUUUUCAAAUAAAUCAACUUUAAUAACAAUAGUUAAUUCUUAAUAGAUUGCACUUUAAAAUAUUCUAAUAGAUAGUUGUAAAUUAAGUGAAAAAUUCAGUAUAUUAACCUAAUAGAGCGAUGUUAAUGUUAUUAUUGAUACUUUUAUAAUUUAAAAUAAUCUAUGCGAUAUAAAUUAAAUUUACUAUCCACAAUUCUCUGGUUAGCUAUUUGAAGCUGGUGAAUUCAAUGUAGCUAAUAUGACUAUAUCCAAUAAUCAGUUUUGUAAUUUAUAGAUAUUCUCAACUGCCAGCACAAUCUAACAAAAAAAUUAAACAUUUUAGUUCUAGAAUAUAACUAUGUACAAUAACUCAUUUUAUACAACACACAAUUAUCUCUUUUUUGAUGCUAUUUAUUCAAUAAAUCCUCUUCCCUAACACACUUUAAAUAUGAGUUAUUUAAAUUUCACAGAUAAUUCUUACUUUCCCUCUUCUUAAGUUUAAUCAGACAUCUACCUCGGAAUUACUUAAUUAGUUCUAACUGAACAAAUUUUUUCAGUUUUAAUAACAGAAGUUACAGUAAAAAACCAAUAAGAAAUAGCAUUUUGUUCAUUAUCCUAAUCUUCUCUAGUCUCAAUUAGCAAUAUUUCUUGCUUAAAUGAUAAACAAUUUUUUGAUAGUUUAGUCAAUAGAGAAUAUGGUGGAUGUUUAAUUUUAAAUGAAAUAAAAAAGAUUAGCAUAACUAAUCUAUAAUCAAGCUAUAUAAAAGCAAUAAGUAAUUCUAUUUUAGUAAUAAAAAAUUAUGCUUACACAAAUUCGGUAAUAAAUUUAUCAAAAGUAGUUAUCACAAGUUCAUAUUUUGAAUAAAUUUAAACUAACUCCUAAGCUAAUCCAAUUUUUAUUACUUCCACUUAUACUUCUAAUAUAACAAUAAGCAACUCAAUUUUUAGCUAAAAUAGAUUAAAUGCAAAUCCUAAUACAUAAACUUAUUCAACUUCUGCAAUUCAGGCAAUUAAUCCAUUAGGUUCUAUAUAUUUAGUUAAUAACCAAUAUAUUAAUUCAGUAUCUAGUAGUAUCUUUAAUUUUCAAUAUAUAGUUGGUCUUAAUAUAACUAUUAUUAAUGCUAAUUGCAAGCAAUCUUCAUUUAAUAUCACAGAUAAUGUAACAACUUUAAUAUAAUAAGGAGGUUGCUUAAGGGCUAAAUCAAGCAAUUUAUAAAUUCUUUCUUCAAAUUUUAGCCAAUCCACAGCAAGCUAAGGCUCAUUUAUUUACUUAGAGAGUCUUAGUUCAGAAACAAAUAUUUUUAUAGAAAAAUCUUCUUUUGUAGAAGGUUAUGCUUAGAAUGAUGGUGGUGCAUUUUACAUAAAUUCACAAAACUCAAAUUUAAGUUUUGUGUGUAAAUCAUCUAACUUUAGUAAUAUCUAUACACUUAGUUCUUAUUCUUCCUCAAUUUCAAUAAUGUAAAUUAUUUUAAUUUAAGAUAAAAAUGGUAACUUUAUUCUAUUCUAUGAAGGAGAGUUAACCAAUAUUUUAGGCUAGGCCAACUCAUAUUUUUUGAAUAUCUAAAAUUCUAAUGUUACUCUUUUUAAUAUUCAUAAUAAUUUUAACUAAACCUAUCCUGAUUAUUUGAAUCAAAUAACUAAGCUAUCUGACAUCUAAUCAGUGUCAUUUUUCUAACUUUAAAAAUCUAUGCUCUCAAUUGUUGAUUGUGGAUUUUAAAAUUUAAUAAUAAAAAAUUUACAAAAUACUUCCCCUCUUCUAAUUAAUGACUCUACGUUUUCCACAUACUUAAUUAGUGUCAAUUAAGGAUCUCUAACAAUUGAAGAUUCCUAAUUUAUAAAUAUAAAUUAGAUAUCCUCAAAACGAGCCAAUAACGGUGGUGCUAUAUCAGUUAAUGGUUUGGUUUCUAAUCUUAACUACAUACAAAAUACUCAAAUGAUUAAAAAUACUGCCAUAUCAGAUGGAGGAGCUAUGCUUUUAAUAGCCUAAAAAGAUGAUAUUUUUACUUUAACUUUGUCUAAUUGCUAAAUUACUGACAAUCAAUCUUUAAAUGGAAGUGGUGGGGCUUUAUUUAUUAGCUCAGAAAAUGAAUCAACAGUACAGUAAUAGAUCAAAAUUUAUAAAACAAAUCUAUCAAAUAACAAAGCAGUUACCGGAGGAUGUAUUAAUAAUCUAGGUAUAAAUCCAGUUAUAGACUCUUAAAGCAUUAUAUUGAAUAACUAGGCCAUUCUUUAUGGAGAUAAUAUCAAUUCAUAUCCUGAUCAUUUAGGUUUGAUCAUGACAACAGAUUUAAAUAAAUAUUUCAAUUAGUAAACUAAUUCUUUAAUUUUAUCCAAUAUUAAAAGUGGAGGAUAAAUUCCAGAUAUAAUCUUUUAGCUAAGAGAUUAAACUGCUAAACCAAUAUUUCCAUUAGAUGCUGAUAAAAUAAUGAUUUAAGCAUAAUUUAGCAGCAAAACAAAAAAUAUAUCAAAUUAUUACAUUAGAGGAAAUUCUACAGCAUUUGUAGAUUUAAAAUAAAAAUAAUUUGUUUUUUAAGGUAUGUAAUUAAUAGGGAUUCCAAAUUCAUAAGCAAUAAUUGAGUUCAAAUCUGAUGUUAUAAAAAUUUUAAAUAAAUAAACUAAUUAAUUUUAGUCAAACUAUUCUUAUGAAUUAGAAGUUUAUUUUAGAAGUUGUAAUUAUGGUGAAACUCAGAAUUUUUACAAUACAUAUACAGAAUGUGUUGUCUGUGACUAAGAUAAAUACUCUGUCGAUACACAAUAAUGUUAUUCAUGUCCUUCUGGAGCAAAAUGCAAAAAUGGAAUUAUAUAUGUAAAUUAAGGAUUUUGGAGAAAAAAUGAAAGUAGUCCUCUAGUUAUAGAAUGUGUAAAUAAGCCUUCAAACUGUAUUGGAAAUACUUAUGGGAAUUAAGUAUGCUUAGAAGGUUACAUAGGACCUCUAUGUGAAUAAUGUGAUAUUUAUGGAAGCUAUUGGGGAGAGAGCUAUUCUAAAAUUGGAUCUUAUUAAUGUGCGUAAUGUAAAGAAUUGAGUACUUUAUUGUGGAAAGCAAUCUUAAUAGUAAUCUGGACUUUAUUUUCAAUUCGACUUGCCAUAAAAGGAGACUUAGAGGAAUAAACAAUAAAUGCUUAUUAAGUAGCUCUGAAAAGACACUUAUCAAAGAAUAAUCAAAGCACUUCCUUAAAAGGGACUAAAUAUUAAUCUAAAUUAAAUGUCAAAUAUGAUAACCAAAAAGAUAGAAAAUCUCGAAAUGGAGAAAAAGCUAGUGUUUAUAUUAAAGUAUUAGUUAACUAUUUACAAAUAAUAGGAUCAAUUAUUACUUUCAAUAUAAAAAUAACUACAGAUGUAUUUGAAACUUCAUAGUAUUUAGGAGCACCUGUAAGAUAAUAAAUGAAUUCUGCUGAAUGUAUAUUAAAAGAUAUGUAAACAGAUAUACCAAUGAUAUAUCUUAAACUACUAUUUACUCUCAUAGUUCCAAUUGGCUAUUUAAUGGUGUUUAUACUUAGCUUAAUUUUAUAAAGGGUAUUUACAAAUAUAAAAGUUCGUUAUUAUUCUAUUUGUACUGCUGCAAUCUUUAUAUUUAUUUUAGUUUAGCCUGAUUUAGUUUCUCAAAUGAUAGCUAUUCUUUCAUGUAGGGUAAUUGGAGAUUCUAGUUAUAUACUCUAUAAUAUAACUUAUGAAUGCAACACUAGCCAGCACUAGAGAUAUAGUUCUACCUUAGUAGCUCCUUGCUUAUUAGUGUUUGCUUUUAUUAUACCUAUUGGACUUUUUUAUUUACUAUACAAAAAUAAAAAUGACUUGCAAAACAUUUAAGUAUAUAAGAAAUAUGGCUUUUUAUAUAAAGAGUAUAAAAGCCAAAAUUAUUAUUGGGAAUUCGUGAAAAUUUUAGAAAAAAUUUUAAUCAUUAUAAUUCUUAACUUCUAUUCCCAAGAAACUAAUAUUAAAGGAGUGCUAAUUUUUAUGAUGAUUACUCUCUAUGGGAUAGCAUCUAGUGUUUUAUAACCCUAUCGUUUGAGUGGGUACAAUACAGUUGAUUUCUAUCAAACAAACGUGUGUGCAGUUUCUGUAUUACUUUGUUUAUUCAUUUACAAUAAUCCCUUCAAUUAUUAUUUGCUUGUUCAAAAGUUUCAAAAAUAAAAAUUAAAUCCUUAAUUGAAAGCUAAAAUAAAAAGAAUUUUUUAAGAAUUUUUAAAUCUUAGUGAAGAGCAAAAGUAUGAUCUCUUAUUAUCUGGUGUUAAGAUAUAAAUAGGUAAAAAUCAUAAAAGACUAUUUAAAGAUUAGUAGAUUAAUUAGACUAUUAAAUAAAAUAAACUAAAUGACUUAGCUACUAAAAAUUAAUAAAAAUUAAACUCAGAAAGUGAUUACUUUGAUAAAGAUAAUGAAAAUAGCCCAAAUACUGUAUAUACCAACAAGAUAAACUAAUCUCCUAUUUUUUUAUAAUUCGAAGAAUUAAAUUUAGUAAUGAAUUAGAUAGAAAGUUAAAAUGAUAAAGAGGAUAACUCUAAUAAAUUAAUAAAAUUAAAACAAAAAUACUUAGAUACUGUAAAUUAACAAAACUUAAACACUGAAUGCGAUUACUUUGAUAAAGAUAAUGAAAAUAGUCCAAAUAAUGUAUAUAGCAGCUAGAUAAACUAAUCUCCUACUUUUUUAUGUAAUAUAUAUAAUAGAUUUAAAAAAUUAAAUAUAGCAAUUGAUUAGAAAGAGAGUUAAAAGAUAAAGAGGAUAACUCUAAUGAAUUAAUAAAAUGAAAUUCUAUUAACCAGGUGGAUAAAAAUAAUAAUUUAAUUUAUUUUACUGAAUAUGAAAUAGAUAAUAUGUUAAAUAUCUGAAAAUUAUUAUUAAAUGUUAAUAAUAUAUAUUAUUUAUUUGUUAUUAACUAAAAAGAUUUAUUAAUUUUAAAUUUCGUUUUUCCCUAUUAAUAAUAUAUUUAUAUUAAAUAUUAAGCUUUAUUUAUUCUGUAAGUAAAAUAAAAAACUAAUUAUUUUUAUUUAAGAAUUUAAAAUAAAUAUAUUAUGA